CUUUCAUUACCAUUUUUUUUGAAUUUUUUUUCUCAACUCACCACACCCAGUUUAAUAAAUAAAAAACUUUGAAAAAACGCAAUAUUUCUUACCAUGCUCAACGUUGCCAUUGUCGGACCCGGCCUUGUCGGUGGAGCUCUCAUCGAGCAACUCAUUGCGCACUCCACCUCGCACCGUUUCGCCGCCCUGCCCAUCGCCAUCGUCGGCCUGCUCAACUCCAAAAAGAUGGCUAUUUCUCGGAGCCCAUUCUCCGCAGCUGAUCUCAGCAACUGGAAGACCCAGGUUCUUGGGAGCUCCGCAGUUGUCUCCGACCUCCACUCCUUCACCGAGCAGCUCUCCUCGCUGGAAGGACCCACGGCGGUGAUCGACUGCACGUCAAGCGAUGCCAUCGCCGAACAGUACCCACAGUGGCUGGCCAAGGGCCUCCACGUAGUGACGCCCAACAAGAAGGCAUUCUCGAACGACAUUUCUCUGUUCCGCAAGAUCCAGAAACUGUCGUCGUCGCCACAGGGCCCGUCGGUUUACCAUGAGGCCACGGUGGGCGCCGGGCUCCCUGUAUUGUCCACGCUAAACGAUCUGGUGCGCACGGGCGACGAGAUCGUUAAGAUUGAGGGUAUUUUUUCAGGCACGCUCUCGUACCUGUUCAAUAACUUCUCGGCACCUGGUGCUACCGCGUUUUUCUCUGAUUGCGUGGCGGUUGCAAAGGCCAGUGGGUACACGGAGCCGGAUCCCCGUGAUGAUCUUAAUGGGAUGGAUGUCGCGCGUAAAGUUACUAUUCUUGGGCGCGUCGCUGGGCUGGAUAUUGGCACGGACACUUUGCCUGUGGAGAACAUUGUUCCAGAGGCUUUGCGCUCUGUGGAGACUGCUGAUGAGUUUAUGCAGAGGUUGCCAGAGUUUGAUGCGCAUUUCAAGGAGCUCAAUGAGCAGGCUUUGGCUGCCGGGUCGGUCCUGCGGUAUGUAGGUAUGGUGGAUGUGAAGGGCGGCAAGAGCGGCGUUAGGCUGGAGAGGUAUCCCCUGGAGCACCCGUUUGCAGCGCUGAAGGGGAGUGAUAAUAUUAUUGCUUUCACUACUAAGCGCUUCCCUAACCCGCUUAUUGUGCAGGGCGCUGGUGCUGGUGCUGCGGUCACUGCUUUUGGUAUUUUUGCUGACCUUAUCAAGAUAUCCGAGCGCUUCAACAAAUAAAGCGAGUGUAGUGAUUUUUUUAGUGCUUUCAAAAAUAAAAGUUUUAUUUAUUG